GUCGGUAUAGCAGUUCACAAAAAACAACGUGACAGAACGUGAUUUAAACUGUUUAUGUUUUGUUAAGCUAUUCUGUUUUAUUUUCGUAUUUCAGUUUAUAAGAUUUCGCGUCUAUUUUAAGUGCUACAGUACGAUUUUUUUGACUAAUCAGAACAUAAGUUGUGAUUUGUUUCUCUAGAAGAUAUGUCCCGUAAAUAUCCGGAUAGAUGGCUGGAUUAUUCCAAAUUUGGCUCCCAAGUGGAGGGAACACCAUUUGUUCCGUUGAAAGUUCCACUAAAAAGGGAAUUCUUUGUUCAAUGCAAGAAGAAUAAGUUUACACCAGAGGAUGCUGUUGAACAGAUACAAAAUCUUGGUUUGGUAAUUGAUUUGACGUUUACAGCAAAAUACUAUAAUCCAAAGGAAUUUGAACGCCAAGAUGUGCAGCAUAAGAAGAUCUACACACAAGGACACAAAAUUCCCAAACACGCAUUGGUAGUUCAAUUUAUACGUACGGUAGACGAAUUUAUGGCUUACGAGCAAAAUAAAGACAAAUUGAUAGGUGUUCAUUGUACCCACGGACUGAAUCGAACAGGCUAUUUCAUAUGUGCUUACAUGAUUCUUGUGAAAGGAUGUGCUCCCAAGGCGGCUAUAAAGUUAUUUAAUGAGGCUCGUGCACAUAAAAUGGAGAGGGCCAACUAUCUGAACUCGCUUCUCAGUUUAAAACCGUUCGGUUACAAAUCUACUAUGCGAACCAGUGAUAUCCAUUGCAACCUACGGAAUAAUAUACCUGAACGUGGUUUGUCGUUCCGAAACAAUAGAUAUAACAAUCAUAAUCGAUGUGAUUAUGGCCAUUCUGCAAAUUCUAGUACACGGGGGGAGAAGUCGUUCUCUCGUGGGCAGAUAUGAUGACAGCAGAGAGUACAGAUAUUCCAGAGACAAUAACAAUUAUGCAAACGAGCGCCACUCCAAUAGAAAUAGCCGACGAUCGAAUCAUAAUUCAACGGAUGAGUCGGUAACAAGAUAACAAUAGAUUAUUACAUGUGUGUAUAUAGAAUUUACAAUGUUACCAACUGAGUUUCAAUUAAAUGUAAUAAAUAUUUGAUUUUUUUUUUAUAGAGAAAA